CCUUAUUAUUUAGAAUUAGUUUUAAUAGCAUUAGAAGAACAAAUGUACUCUUCUGCCUUUGUUGUUAGUUCAUUAAAAGUUAAAGUAGAAAUUGGUUUUGUGAAUGUGGCUUUGUGCUUGCCUUUAAUAUAG